AUGUCGACAUUCGCCAACCUUUUCGGUGGUGCCACUGACUCUCUGGUGGACAAGCUUUUUUCCAACAGUGCUGAUGGGCCCGUGAGCCGAAGUCAGCUCCGCCAGACUCGCUCCGAAGUCAAGAUUCCCACUCGUGAAGCCGAAGAGGGUGAUGAUGACGAGGAAGAAGAUGAAGACGACGAGGAAGAAGACGAUGACGACGAUGACGACGAAGACGACGAAGAGUCUGAAGAAGAGGAAGAGGAAGCGAAGCCGGUGAAGCUGAAGAAGUCCACGAAGACCAAGGACGAGUACGAGAACCUCGAAAGAGAAUACUUUGAACGCGCAUUGAAGACCACCAAGGCCGAAGAAGAAGCUGAAGCUGAAGCCGAGAAAAAGGCUGAAGAAAAGGACGAAGAAAAGGAUGAUGAGGAAGAAGAAGAAACUGAAGAAAGCGGAGACAAGGAAGACCAAGAAGACCAAGAAAAGACUGAGGAGUCUGCUAAGCCCGCGACCGAGGCAAAGCAAGUGGACUUGAAGGAAGCCGAACUCGAUAAGGCUGAGCGCACGGUUUUCGUCGGUAACGUCCCCGUCAGCAUUGUCACCACCAAGCUGCUUGAGCGUCAGUUUAAGCGUCUCUUCAGCUCGUUCGGCAAGGUGGAGUCGGUGCGGUUCCGGUCUAUUCUGUUUGACCAGCCCAUCCCGAGAAAGCUUGCGUUUGCCGCCAAGGCUCUCCAUCAGGAACGGGACCUGGUCAACGCCUACGUCGUGUUCUCCGAUAAAGGGGCGCUGCGGCUGGCGGUGGGCCUCAACGGUACCUUCUUUGAAGGGUGCCACUUGCGGGUGGACCACGUGGCUCACCCGCUGCCCAAGGUGAACAAGCGCCUGGUGUUUGUGGGUAACUUGGACUACGUCGAACAGGAAGAGCUGUUAUGGUGGUACUUCAACAUGAUCACCGACGACGACGUCGAGCUGGUGCGGAUUGUGCGCGAUGCUGCAACCAAUGUCGGUAAGGGUUUUGCCUAUGUCCAAUUCAAGGACUCGGUGCUGGUGAACAAGGCGUUGGCGGCUCAUGACAAGCCCUUGGAGUACGCUCUGGGGAAGAAAGGGCGCAAGUUGCGGAUUGUGCGGACGCUGACGCGGGCCCAGCCGCUGUUGUGGUCGCCUAACCACGUGGAAAACAUCAAGAAGAACCAACGUAAGCUUCAACUUACGGAGAAGCAGAAGACUAAGCUUGGUCGGGCGCAACGCAUUCUCGGUAAGAGUGACCGGAGCACCGCGGGGACGACGAUCAUCGAAGGGGAACGGGCGCUGAAAGGUGAUAAAGUCCAGGGGAUCAAGGGGCUCAAGGGCCGGGUGAAGAAGGCUCGUAUCCGUGACCGGCUGACCAAGUAUAAGGAGGCCAAGGCGGAGGCGUUGGGCGAGAUGAAGGUGGCUCAAGGCGGUGAGAAGGUCCAGGCCAAGAAGAUCAAGCUGACGUUGCCUCUGAAGGAAGACACCACCGAAAAGAAGGACAAGAAGGAUAAGAAGGAUAAGAAGGAUAAGAAGGACAAGAAAGACAAGAAGGAAAAGAAGGACAAGAAGGAGAAAACCGACGCUGGUGACAAGUCAGCUAAACGCGACAAGUCCACCAAGCGUGAUAAGUCCGAAAAGCGUGAUAAGUCCGAAAAGCGCGACAAGAAGGAGCUGGCCGCCACUCUGGAUAAACCAGCCAAACGCGAAAAGAAGCCCCGGUGGACACAAGCGGAUAAAGAUGCCCGCGACAACAAGAAGCGGCGUAGAGAAGACGGCGACGACAAGCUGGCGAAAAAGCAAAAGCAGUAG